CAAAGGUCAGCAAUAACAACCCACUCCCACUGUAGUUUACAACCGUUACACACUCCAGGAGAGACGGGACAAAGACGAGCAGCAAGAUGAAGCACCUUUUGCUUUUGGGGAUGGCUGUUGCUAUAAUCCACGUCAGCCAGACAAGCACUCCAGGUUUUUGUCAGUUGCCCCCAAGUGCAGGCAAUGGACUGGAGUUCAUCGUAGCGUUCUAUUAUAAUCACACCAAAGAUCAGUGCAAUCCUUUCAUGUACAAUGGGGAAGGUGGAAACAGCAACCGCUUUGUAAAUGAGAGAGAGUGUAUAAGAAACUGUUCUGCCAACGCAGAGAAUAUCUACCCCACGGACGAAUCUCUAGCUUGCCACUUUAAAAAGGCCAUAGGUCAAUGUAGGGGUCAGCUUUUGAGAUACUAUUAUGAUUCUGUUCAUGACAAAUGCAAAAAGUUCAUCUGGUCGGGUUGUAUUGGAAAUGGAAACCGAUUUUUCGAUCAAGGCAGCUGCAACUCUACAUGUGCUGGCAUCCAUGAUGAUGGCGAUGAUCCGGAGGAGGAUGAGCCAGACACUCCUAUUGCAAUCAUCUGUGGAGUUUUGCUUGGUGUCAUUAUUGCCGCUUUCAUCAUACCUGUGGUCGUCUUGACUGUUAGAUCAAAGAAAAUGAGCUCCAAGAAGAAUGAACCAGGGAAAAGUAAAGAACCCAGGUCUGAUUCACCUCUUCAGCCGCAGGCAAUUGAAAUGGCAUAGAAAAUCAUCUAUAUCAUUGAAAGCCACAUGUGGAGUUUUUACCAGCUUGGUUUGGUCUUAUGACUCUAAUAGUCUUGAUGCCAAACAUAACAACUUUUAGAUUUCCGUGUUUGUUUUUUUUACUGACAUAUGCAAUAGCCAUUAGAGUUUUGUGAAAUGUUCUAUUCACUAUGCUUUAAUUCAGAAAUACAAAACACAUCUGUUUAUUAAAAGGUGGAUCAAAAAGAAAAUUGAGGUAAAACUAUUUGGCAACCAAUUAAUCAAUCAGCAGUCAUUUUUUAUAUCUGAUUAAUCUCUGAACUAUUUUUUUCUGCUUUACAUUUUUAAGAAUUUCCUGCUUGUCUUUCUCUUAUGUGAUGGGAAUAUUAAUAUACUUAGUUUUACACUGUUUGGUGGUCAGCACAAGCAAUUUGGGAUCCAUUUCUGACAUUUUGUAGAACAAAUGAUUAAUCCAGAAAAUAGUCUAUUAAUGAAAAUAAUUGUCAAAUGCAACCAUUAAAGAACACAGCCAUUGCUCAUACAAUGAUUUGUAAAAACUUCCAGAUGAAAGUCAGUGUUUUAGACAAACAUUCAUCAUUUCAAGUUCUGAUAUUCAUCCUCCUGUGUACUUAUAACUGAAACGUUUUUAACUGCGUGAUCUCACAUUCAUUUCAGUGUUCCCAAAAUAUAACUACAUCAUCAUCUGGUUCAACCAUCUACUCAAUGCACAUGUCAAUUCAAAACCCAACACAUAUAUUUAGAGCAGUUUUUGUCCAUCUUUUUUAUACAGAGUUGCUGACUGCACACUCUAUGUUAUAAAGUUUUCUUGCUCAGCAUUUGUAAAUCUUAAGAUUUAGGCUGCAACGAUUUCAACAUAAAAGUUUUACAUAAAAAACAAACAUUUUCUCACAUUUAACUUUUAAUAUAUGGCUAUAAGAUCAUUAAACUGUCAUGCUCAUGCUUUUAAUUUGGUGUAAAUGAGUCACAAAAUUGCAGGAUAUGAUGCAGGCUUUAAAAUGUACAAUGGAGUUCAGAGAGUGGUGUAAAUAUUUUGAUUAUUAUUGCGUUUUAGUUCUAAAAUUGGUCUUGAACAGUGUUGUUUUACAAAACACAUGGCUUUCCAAGGUGCUACUCUUUGAUUCUAGGAUUUCCUCCAUAAAAUUUCAAUUAUAUUUUGCUACUUGUUUUGUUUUACUCCGUUUAUAAAAACAGGUACAGGUGCAUAUCUGUUGCAAAGCAAGCGGAGAGGUUUUUUUUAGUAAUACUUGCCAUGUGUAAGACCUUUGACUGAAACUAAGUGUAAUCCCUCCUAUUAAAUGUUUUACACUCUAAAA